UUCCCUUAAAAGGCUUUCUUUGAUCAUCGCAGAGUCUAUUCGGGUUGUUCCCUCUGGUCCUCGAUGUUUAUUACAGCCAGCUUCAAUAAGCCUAGUGCUCCGCUAACUAACUAUUAGACCUUGUGUAUGUAUUUCUCCGAUGCUCGUAUCAUACCAUCCUACGAUACGAUCCAUCCUCUCACAGCCUCGACCGGGUCUGGCCUAGGUUCCAAGGGGCCACUGUGUUGCAUUUUUUUUUUCCGAUUGGAGCCCCUUCACCUGGGUUCGCACCUUUCACCCAACGUUAUUUGUGGGGGCCUAUGGCGUGACGGCCGCAUAUCGACCACCCGUUGGAGCCCAGCGCACGGACAGUUGUUUCGCUGGUCGGGGGCCCCGCAUGCGGGGCCAAAACAACGGGUGCCUUGGCGAUAAAACCUGAAGCCAUCCAGAUUGUUCGGGUUACCGGUACUGCUGCCAAUGGGUAAUCCCAUGUUUGGAAGAGUCACUUAUUCUGGUAGAUUUUCUCGAGCGAACCUACAGACUCCACCAGAGCUAAUAUACGGUCCGCCAGCGGAACACCGGGUAUGUGAAAAGUCCCGGCAAGCUCGGAAGAUUAGGGCAGGGAAGUUCCUUGAAAGGAGCUUGGCUCCCUGAACGAAUACCGCAGCUGGAACAUAGUAUUGAUAGGGUACCAGACAGUUUGCAGCUCCCCCACAAAUAAGAUUCUCUGCUAUUCAUUAUCCCUUUUUUAGCAUUUCCUUGGCUCCCCUUUCUCUCUGCUCGAGGACCCUAUGAUACUCGAGCUUAGAAUUAUUGAGGAAAUGCAAGUAAUUUUGAGCGGCUGUACGAAUCCGAAUACAAUUUCCCAGCGACCAUCAUAUUGGGUGUUCAACUAAUCCAAUGAACCAGCCAUAAGGGGAAAAGACCCAGCAACCUCAUCCAUCUCGGUUCCGACAAACCUAUUGGCCGCCACAGCAUCCAAAAAAAAUACUCCCAUAUCACACUUCCAGCGGCAUAGCCAAAGGGACCCCACCAUACAGUACAAUCUCGCAGCGUCAAAAAAAAAAGCAAAAUCAUUACCAGCGCUUCAACUCACGAAUAUCGGAUCCAAAGUUUCCCGUGCUGGCAGCAAUGCUCAAAGGUCUUCCAAAUUCUGCAUCACAACCGUCUCCAACUUCAACACCUUCCUUGCCUCCACUUUUCCAACCGCCAUCCUUAAAGCCCAGGAUGUUGUUGCCGCCCACCCCACCGCCAACGCCGGUAAAAUCACCCCGUCGAAAAUACAAAGAGGCACCCCCAGAGAUCCCCGCGAGCACCUCUGUCGCCCCCAACACGACUUCUGUUCCUCCUAUUCUCAAAUCCUAUACAAUACACCCACUCUGUGUUCCUUCUAAAUACCUGAUUCCACCACCGGAGGCGACGCGCGCAGCGGCCCUGCAGUUUCUAAUUGGACUCCACCGCCACGCACACUUAACUGCUAACGAGCUAGGCAGCGGCCGCCCAGUCAGCUUUGUCAGUCCCGAUAAGAGGCUUUCGCCCAGAAGUUCAGGGUUUAGAGUGGACUGCGACGUUGGAGAUUAUAGGACGUCUCUGGAAAGGCUGAGGAUGGGUUUAGAAGGGUUUUUAGAGGAAGGAGAACAUCGGUGGACGAGAAACAUGUUGGAGGAUGUAGAGAUCGCAUUGGGGCUAUUGGAAGGUUGGGCCGGGGGGCAGGAGAGGGCGGCGGAGAAGGACGUCAAGGAAAGAACGGAAAUCGAUGAACGUUACACUGAGGUUCUGAGAUUGUUGUUCGGUAGUGGGAGUGGUGAGACAAAAUACCGAUAGGGGAGAGGGUAGUAUUGGUCAAAACUGUAUUUUUUAACGACGUUUCUUGAUUAUGGCAGUUAUCUACAGUAGAUUGUGGGGUCACCACUCAGUGACAGGUGGAAUGCUGUGUAUUUACCAGGCAUAAUAGAAAACAAGUUAUCAUAGUGGAAGCUCCAAGGGGAAUUCCCCAUGAA